CCCGCGUCGCGGAAGAUCCGUGCCGUAAAUACGCUACGAUCAGCGGAUAUUCUAGUAGACGUACAUACCUAUCGACGACGGGCACACAAUCCUGGAAUUUCUACUCUUAACAGGUAUCGCGCGAAUAACGACGGUAAAAGCGAGCGACCGAGUACGUGCGAGUCGCGAGCGGCGAACGCAUACGCUCGCGAAUGCGAUAGCUGAACCGCAGACCGAGAGAUUUUCGCGUCGUAACACUACGUCGUUGUCGCAUCUCACCGAGCGGUCCUAGAACGUGCUGGCGAACGUGCCUGCGUGCGUAUACGUGCGGACGUUUGUUCGAGCGAGUGAGCGAACGAGCGAGCAAACGACGUCAACGACGACGACAUAACGACGUGCUCCGGAUUCGGCUCCGAAUGCGCGUCUUUGCGUCGCGGUGGCCGUUUAUCACGCUCCUUUCUUUCACGCCGCGACGAGCGCGAGCCAUCGUCAUCGAGUCGCGCGUUCGCCAAUAACAACGACGACAACGACGACAACGACGACCACAGGAACGGUUUACGUAUAAGAGACACUGCGCGGACCGUUGUGCGAAGUGAAGACUCAUCGCUCGCCGAUAGACAAGACAAAGGCGGAAGCGACGUUCCAGAAGUGUAUUCGCGAGAAAUCUGCACACCGAGCACAUCGCGAGGAGGAUCUCUCGCGUGUAACCUCUUCGUGUACAUGAAUCUUUGCGAGUGAGUGCGCGCGCGCGCACGUACGUACGUACGUACAUAGGCGUUGCGUGCCAACGAUCAGGUCCGAGCGCGAGGCGCGCCGAGAAGGAGGAACACUGCCCCGAUCGUUUCUACAAAUCUCUCGCGGACUACGACUCGGUAAAACCGGCGGAUACGACGGCGCUGAGGAUUGAUCUCGCGCGCUGGUUUUCAUCGGACGUACGUAAUCCAUUCUCACGCACUGCGCAACGGCUAUCAACGAUAGUGCACUAACCAUCGUGGGCCGUCAACACGUGAGAAAAUAACGUACCUAUGAGGUCCUCGUUGAGCCGCAUAAGGCAGCAAGCUUCGAAGCAAGCCAGCUCGCAGCAGGGAGGUUCAUGCCGGCGAUGAGCAUGCCGACGAAAGGGAAGCACCACCAUCUGUCCCAUCAUCACCAGCAACACCAUUCCCAGCAACAGCAGCAACACCAACAGCAGCAGGCCCAUCAUAAUCCGCCGCAACAUCAGCACCAAUUGAUCCUCAACGUCAACCAACCUGUCGUACAUCCACCUCAAACGUACAGUGCGGUGGUAACGACGAACACGCCUCGAUUCCUUCCGAAUGCCGUGAGCCAUCAAUUGAGAGUUUACAAAAGCAAGUCCUAUCCACCAGUCAGGAUGGCGAGAUAUGGCGUCUCAAAAGAUAGCCCAGUGGGUGUCGCCGUCGGGGUAGGACCCAUCGGCGUAGGGCAUUCCAUAUUGCCUCCGUGUAACACCACUCACCAUCAUCCGCACAUUGCGACCGCACACCCAGCAAGUGCGCAGCAAGCGCAUAAUCACCAUGGUAUGCAUCAUGCGGUGCACCACCAGCAACAGCAACCGCCGCUGCCAUCGCCGGGAGGCCCGCAUCAUCCGUUACCGCUCAAUCUCACCCAAAUCCAGCAUCAUCAGCAACAACAACAGGCGACACAACAAUUACAGCCUCAGUUCCGCGUAAUCACAUCUAACUCCCGAACAGACUUUCAUGUACCUGGACAGAAUUACGGCGCCCAACCAGGGGGCCAGGUGGGCGCAGGAGGGGGUAGUGUAGGAGUACCCGGGGGCAGAGGUCCGCCGCUUGGUGGUAUACAGACGAUAGGACAAUCGGCAGCAGGUAUACCGCCUGGAGGUCCCGCCGGGGGACAAGCACCUCCGCAAGCACCCGCACCCGGGGUCCAAUCACAACCACCACAAGGACCAGCUCAAACAACGACGCCUCCUGUACACACACAGCCCCAGGAGAUGGGCAAACAGGCCCAUUUACCAACACAGCAAUCGAUGUCGCAACUUUACGUGCAGCAGACUCCAACAAGACCGACCAAUCCAGGCUAUUAUACUCCUAGAGCGCCACAACCAAGAGGUCUUAACCAUAGAGGAGGCCAAAGCGCCAGUGGCACACCAGUAGUCGGGAUGGCUAGCGUAGGUGGUGCCGGGGGACAACCGACUGGCAUGUAUCCACAUUCAGGUGUACAGGUGCCACCAGCCACUAUGUAUGUGCAAAGUCAGGUGUCAACGAUGCAGCAUCAUCCGCAGCAAACUGUGUAUCCUAAUCAUCUGUCUCUGCAGUUUGCCGCCGCCGCUGCCGCCCAACCUCAAAGACAUCAAACUCAUCAAAAUACGUCGUUUUACCAAUUUCAACAUACGCCAAUUUUAACGCCAAAUGUGUUCGGAUAUGCCCAUGCCCCGAGUCACCAACCUGGAUAUUUUUAUUCACCGUCGAGCACGAUGAGUUUGAGAUCAAAUGCAAGUGCUGUUAGUGGUGGAGCGCAGCAUGUUCCUGGACCUCUAGCUGGUGCCCAAGGUGCUCCGGUUGUGCCGCAAGGUGCACUACAACAACCUGCUCAACAGACGCAGACUUUGCCUCCCAUGGGUAUACCUUUGACGCAAUCUGUUUCGUGGCAAAUCAAUUCUCGUUUGUUAAAAGAUGUGUACGCAGCCCACAACGGUGGUCCAACAAAUGCCACUAAUAGUACUACCAGAUCUCGAAAGCCGAGAGGACAGAAUGCUAUUCUUGACAUAGUUAAUCCAUUGACUGGAAAAAACAUUAGCGAUGAAAUCUACAAAGAUAACGAGACCACACAAAGUGGUGAAUCUAGUAAUCGCGAGACGCCACAGCCACAGAAUAAUGGUGCGGAGGUGAUAGCUGAUUUCGCGGCUCGCGUCGCGAAAGCCGCGACCGAGGAGUCAGAUUCAGGCUCAACGGUAUCGGCAAGCGUGUCCGAUAGUAUAACCGCCAAUACGUCUCAAACAGCGACAGCGCAAAGUUUAUCAAACGUCCAUAAUUCCAAUAACGGCGCGAAUAGUCAAUAUAAUGCCAGUUCACAUUCGUCUACGCAGAACGUAGCUGGCGGUGUUGUAUCUGCGAUAAAUAGUCAAUCGUUAGGUACUAGUAACAAGACGCAAGUAGACUCUACCGUGACUAAGACGGAAUCGAAACCAUUGCAACUACCCGUGAAAGAGUUCCAGCCUAGAAGCGAAGUAAAAAAUACGACGAUCGAAGAAUCGUCAGUCGUUAUUCCAGUAGUGGUCGCUGUCGCGAGCAAGGAUACUGUUCCCGCGUCAACCACUAAUGCCGGAACAGUAACAGCAACGGCGGCGAUCACAACGACGACUAUUGUAACUGCAAUCACCGAGACUCAGCCUGAGGCUGUUGGGUCCGGUCCCAUUAUGAGCUCUGAAGUGGCAAAAAGCAGCGCUAAUAUUUCGCCUAAUGUAACACAGACGGCAGUUACAACUUCGCAUUGGAGCGUACCGAACGUGAACGUUGGCCAAGACAUCGCUAAACCGUCCGCCACUGCCCCGAGUGCUAACCCCGUUCCUGCCCGAGACCCGUUCCCCAAUCUGUCCGCCAAGAAUACGUCGAAUUCGCCGCCGAGGAGGAAAUCGCAGAACCACGCUCACAGUCAGUCUAACACUACCGAGCUGCCUUCGAGUGCCAAAGAGCAGAAGGGAGAUAGAAAAACCCGGGAGAAGAGUCUGAGUUCGCGAGGUGGUGCUGCUUCUUCCACGCCCGUUCACAAUCAGCAGACCGACCAUCAUCAUCAGAAAGCGAAUGGCGACGCGGUUGGCCAAAAGACUGAAACGGAGAAUCUCCCCAGGAACGAGGUCCAGCAGAAGCCAGCAGACAGUAAGGCUAUGCAAAAGCAAAAAAGUAAGAAUAAGCUGAAACCUCGCGAACUGAAUCGCAAGGGAGCCGAGAAGGAAGGCACGGACAUGGACGCGUUUGUAAAUACAGCACCAGCACCGAAAACCGCCGAAAUCAAGCAAGAUAACAAGGAAUCGCAGUCCCUUCCAGUUCCUCCAAAAGACGGCAACAAAGAAUCCGUCAGGGAGAUCAAAGACAUGAAGGAAAAAGAAAAUUACGAGUCGAAGAAGGAAAAAGAGAUUUUGGCUGUGUCAAAAAACGAAAAACACGAAAUUGUCGAGGUGUCGAAAGAAAGCACUCCCGUGCAACAGGCGCCGUCCCCUCCCAUCGUUGACAAGCUGCCGACCAACAAGGAAAUGUCCAAGGAAGCUACUCCCCCGAAAAUCGGGGAUAACGCGAAGCCACCGAGCAACGUAUGUAACACGCAGCAACCGAAAGCGACGGUGCCAGCGGUGACGGUAGUUCCAGUGGUAGUUCCCAAUGACGUCGUCGAUCAUAUAAAGAUCAAGGAAGACAUAAACCUGGAAAUAUUAGUCGCGCAGAAAAACGAAGAGAAUUCCAAGGUGUCGGCAUUGUGCACGUCUAACGAGGAAGAGGAGGAGAAGCCGACGGCGGUUUUGGUGGAAGGCACGAAACAAGAAGUCGAGAUGCAGGAUGCCUCAACAGAAACCACAUCUAAAGCACCAGUGCUCAAAUAUACAUACAAGGAGGAUCAAUGGAGUCCGAUCAAUACAGCUGGAAAGAAGAUGUAUGAUAGAGAAUUUUUGAUGAAAUUGCAAUUUGAUCCAAACAGCAAGAUCAAACCGCCGAAUCUUCCAGACCUAGAGAUUGUUCUCAAGGAUCCCAGGGUACGUCUUAGUGCUAUGACGGACUUGAGGCCAUUCACACAAGUUCACUUAAGUAGACAUGAUGCGUUGAUGCCAGGAUUUGCGAAGGCUACUGCAAAUUCUCGUUUGCCACCCACAAAUCGUAAAAGUCAUCCGGGAAAACCGAGUAAGCCCACCAAACCAAAUAUAAUACAGUACUCGAUAUCAGUUAAGGAAGAUGUGCAAUUGAAGAGAAUCCAUAAUGCUUGGGUGCCAUUAAGAAUUCAGUCUGCGAGUAUGUCGCCCGAUGAUGUGAAGACAUUUAAUAUCGUCAGUAGUGUACGUGGUGUAUUGAAUAAGCUCACUCCAGAAAAGUUUGGAAAACUAAUGGAUCUUAUCAAGGAACUCGAUAUUGAUACGCCUGCACGACUACAAGAAGUUAUCAGUUUAGUAUUUGAGAAAGCAGUCGACGAACCUUGCUACUCUGUGGAGUAUGCACAGUUGUGUAAAGAAUUGGGUUUCUUGGAAGUUAAGGAUCCUGAUAUAGAAGGUGCUGUUAUCACCUUUAAGAAACUUAUAAUUACACGUUGUCAAAAAGAAUUCGAGAAAAAUCCCAACGAUGACAUCAUGAGAAAUAAAGCACUCAGAGAAAUUGAAGAAUGCAAAGAUCCCAAUCUAAAGAAAGAAAUGAAGUUGUCAUUUGAGGAUAAAGAACGUCGGCAGCGCAUAAAGUCUGUAGGAAAUGUCCGAUUUAUCGGCGAGCUAUACAGAGCGACGAUAUUGACAACAAAAAUUAUGCAUCGUUGUAUUACACAAUUAUUGCAACAAAAUUCUGAAGAGAGUAUGGAAUGCUUGUGCAAACUGUUUGAAACAAUAGGCCCAGAGAUAGAAGGAAAAUCUGGUGUGGAAAUUGGUGAAUAUUUUACCAGAAUGAAGGAGAUUGUUUGUCGAAAGGGACAAAAUCUUCCUAAAAUUAAUUCUAGAGUACGCUUUAUGAUUCAAGAUGUCAUAGAAUUAAAAGAAAGAGGAUGGAAAAAGAGAAGAGAGGAGGAAAAUAGUCCUAAAACAAUAGAUGAAAUUACGAAGGAGGCAGAGUCUGAAAAAUUAGACUCUCAGCUCAAUAGUGCUCUGUUAAAUACUCCUAGAAAAGAUGAUCGUAACAACGACAAAAAGAAAAAUCGUGGACUUGGUCCUACUGAUGAUGGUUGGAGCCAACCUGUAACUAGAAUGAGGCCAUCGGCGUACUCUGUAGAAACAGCAAAACUGAAGAAUAAACCGCCACCCAUGGACGACAUGCAACUUGGUAGUAGAAACGCUUAUAUGUGGAAGAAUCCGGUUAUGAGUGGUGCUAAUAAGACAAUAAGUGCAAAUAAGUUUGCAUGUCUAGAGAACAUGAACUUUGAGGAUAAAAGAAUGCCAUUGCAACUGUCUGGAUCGAGAUCGACGGGUCCAUGUGGCCGUGACUACAAGAGUUCCUAUGAUGGUAGGAAUUCCCGUAAUGGUAGCCACCAAAUGAGCGGUGCAUCGUCGAGUAGGGGCGGUAACUCGUUACUGGAUAGCUCACGCAGUCAAAGUAUGUCGAUGCCUUCGCCUAUAAUGAAAUCCGGUUCACAAACUGGGACAAUUAGUCAUAAACCUCCGAUGUCGCAGCAAGACUUCAUGAAGGCCCUGAACUCUACAUUAAGACACUAUCUUGCGGAACAAGUUAUUGAGGAUACGGCACUAGAAGUUAAACAAAAGUUCGAUAGUACCACUUUGAGCAAGUUCACGCUCGAAUGUAUUAACCACGUUUUUGAAAAAACCGCUGCCGAUCGAGAAUCUGUCUCCAAGCUUAUGUCCCACUUAAUUAAGGAAAACAUUUUACCUCUGCAAUAUUUUAAGAAUGGGUUAGGAGAAGUGUUACAGAUAAUAGACGAAUUGGUCAUCGAUUUACCUAAAAUUUGGACUUAUCUAGCUGAAAUAUUAUCACAUUCGAUAGAAGAAGAGGCUAUACCGUUAUCUGAAAUGAAGAGCGUGUUUUUAAGUUUGAAACCAAACGGUUUCGUAGGCAAACUUUACGGAGAACUCAUGGUGAAAAUAUCUCAUAGCAAAGGACCUAAAUGGGUUGCCGAUAAAUGGGACCAAAGUGGAUUGCAAUUGAGUAAUUUGCUCGACCCGAAACUGGAGGAUGCGGACGUAAUCAUCAAGGACUACAAUUUGGGAUUCCUAACUGGUGAUUGUAAUAGUGCCAAAAGCUCCACCGCUGCUAAUAGUAACCAACUCACUUUGAUCCAAAUUCAAGAACAUCUCCGAGUGUCUAUGCAAGAUAAUACUUCCUUCGAUGAAAUGUCUAGUUGGAUAAAUGAAAAUGUUCAGACUAGAGUUAAGGAUCCGAAGUUUAUAAGAAGUUUAAUGACUGCCAUUUUAGAGACGUCAAUAGAACCCAUACACGAUACAUGGAGACUAAACCAAGAUAUUUUUAUAAGAUUGCAAACGCUGAUCCAACGUUAUGUCGACGCGGACGAGAUGUUAGAAUUGCAAUGUCUUUAUGCAAUUCAAUCUUAUAUGACGAAGCUCGAAUAUCCGUCUGGUCUCCUCGUCACUAUUAUAAACUUAUUAUGGAUGGACAAUGUGAUAUCGAGCGACGCAUUUUUGACCUGGCAUAACGCUAAGGAUCCAGCGGAACGUGAGGGACAUGCCGUGGCAAUGGUUGCUCUUACAUCGUUUUUCACUGACCUACAGGAGCCUGAUGAUAACUCUAGUAUCGAGGAAUUAUUGCCCAAAGCGGACCGGAGUUGCUGUUGACGAUAUUGUGAUCGAUUUCAUUAUCGUCUAUUUAAAAGACUCGAAUGUGUUAAAUAAACACAACGCGCAAAGUGAAAUCAAAUCUGCAGUUGUGUUUUUUUUUUCAUAAACUGGAACACCCCAAGUAUUAAAAACAGACACAAUAAAUAUUGGUAAAGUGAUACUUGCGGGUGUGUGUAAUAUAGCCUAGGACCUUUUACAUAGGACGCGAAAUAAAAAAAAAUUAAAAAUGGGACACGCAUCGAUAAUAUACAUAAUGAAGAUAAACUUUAACUUAACUAUUAAUUACUACAGAAAUAAUGCCAGAUAAUUAUUAUACAUAAUUAAAUGAGAAAUGGUUUAAAGUUUAAAUAAAGCAAAAAAUUCGAGAAUAUUAUCGUGUUUCUUAUGUAUAUGCAAAGUGUCUCUGCAGUGCGUUAGGUCGAUCGCUCAAUAGGACUGGUAUGUACGUCUUUUUUUCCAUGCUUGGAAUCGGGAAGACUCGAAGCUGCUUCCAAUUAUAAUACGCUAUAACACGGAUCACAACCGAAGUGCUUGUUACACGAUUUAGAUAACGAAUUGCAGAUCGUCUGAAUUAAGUAGGUCAAUUUUACAUGGAUUAAAUUCGGAAAGUAAGAAGAAUAAAGAAGAAUUACCGAGAAUAACCAAGUCUGACACUGACAGCGAGACAGAUCUUCCUAUUAUUGUAACGGAUAUAACAGAAUUACUAAUUUAUAUCUUUACAAAUAUAAGAACUUAUACUGUAUUAUAAGAAAGGACAUUCACAUGUGAAACAUGAAAAGAUGGAAAAAAAGUGAAGCGAAAAUGGUAUAUAUUGCGGAAAUACGAUCUGUAUUGUAGAAUACGAAAGGUAGAAAACGAAAGAAUACAAAUGGUGUGCAUAUUAAGGUACUAUUUUUUAACACUAGCUAUUUAUAAUCACGGAGUGAGUGGAUGUGUGAACAAAUGUGUGUAUGUGAAAGAGAUAGAGGCAGAGAAAGAGAAGUGAGCUGAGCACAAUGCGUGGAAACUUUUGGAUGUAUCCACGUGACAGAUACUAUAGCGAAUUGUAUAAAAUUGUUAUUAAACUGAUUUAAGGUACAGCGUGAACUCAACCUUGUUUUAAGCGUGCCCGCGCACGCGCGCAUAGAAGAAAGAGACAACAAAACGACAAGCAUAGAUUGAUUUGAGUAUGUGUGUACAGAUGUGUAUGUGUGAAAGAGAAGAGAGAUAAAAAAGAACAUUUAUAUUUAUCCGGCACCCCAUCGCUGUUUAGCGUCCCACGAUUUGUCGUACCUGUGUAAAGGUAUCUUAAAUAUUUUUUUGGGAAAUUUCAAACAUUUUUCGAAAGUAUCGACAUAGGUGUACUUUAUAAAAAAAAUUCAUACCAGGAGAUUCUUUGCUUUAAUUUUUUCCCAAAUUUUUUGGAAUCGUGAAUCGACAAUUUUUGGAAUAGGACACACAUGUAACGAAAUUAAUUACGGACUUGCAAAAAAUUACUCGAAAUUUAGAUACAUAUAUAGCUGUGGAUAUUGUAUAUAUAAAUAUAUUAUUAUUAUUUGAAGUAUA